UCGAAGGUCAUAAACGACCCUAUCCAUGGGCACAUCGAGCUUGAAGACUAUUGCAUGCACGUUAUAGAUACCCCGCAAUUCCAACGGCUGAGAGACUUGAAGCAGCUGGGCAGCGCUUACUAUGUGUUUCCAGGUGCAGCGCACAACCGUUUCGAGCAUUCCAUCGGAGUUUGCUAUCUUGCAGGCAAUCUGGUAGACCACCUUCGGAAAGCUCAGCCGAAUUUGGGCAUCACCGACAAUGACGUCAAGUGUGUCAAGCUUGCCGGCCUGUGCCAUGACCUCGGCCACGGUCCGUUCUCCCACAUCUUCGAUAACGAAUUCAUGAAGCAGGCGCGACCGGGGUUCCAGUGGACUCAUGAGGUGGCCAGUCAGGACAUGUUGGACUAUUUGGUUGCUGAGAAUGAGCAUGUCAGCCUUACGCCAGGGGAGGUGCGGUUCAUUAAGGAUCUGAUUCAUGGAGAGCCUCGCGGCGACUACCCACAAGCGGCCAAGCGGUUCCUCUUUGACAUUGUUGCCAACAAACGUAACUCGAUUGAUGUUGAUAAGUUCGACUAUAUCCAAAGAGACUGCCAUAACGUCGGCAUCAAAACCAGCCUGGACGCCACACGCUUCAUGAGGCUGGCGCGGGUCAUCGACAAUCAAAUCUGCUUCAACCAAAAAGAGAGCUUUAACAUCUACGAGCUCUUCCACCGCCGUUUCUGCUUGUUCAAAAUGGUGUAUACCCAUCGAGUAGGAAAGGCGGUGGAAUACAUGCUCUGCGAAGCCUUGUUGGCCGCUGACAAGUAUCUCGGAAUAUCGUCAUCCGUUGACGACAUGAGUCGUUAUAUUCACAUGACCGACGCGAUCAUUCGCGAGAUUGAGCGGAGUACUGUGCCUGAACUGGCCAAAUCAAGAGAGAUCAUUCAUCGCCUGCGAAUUCGCGAACUCUAUCGCUACGUCGAUCAGUCCAUCGUGCCCCCAGAAGGGUACGAGGGCUACAAACGCGAGGUCACGCCGGAAGCCAUCGUCCGCUUCCAAGAGCCCGGAGACGACCUCACAGAAGACGACGUUAUCAUCGAAUGGCUGAAACUCGGCUACGCCAUGCAAGACCAGAACCCGGUAGACGCCGUCAAAUUCUACAACAAAUGGCAACCCACCCAAAGCUUCCACAUUGGCCGCGAACAAAUCUCCUCGUUCCUACCCACCAAUUUCCAGGAAAUAACUCUGCGGGUCUUCACUCGCGACAACAAUAAACGGCAGCGGGUCCAAGCCGCAUUC